GGACAAAUAUUUAAUAUGGCGGCUCAGGCGCUAGCUUAAAAACAAGUUAUUCGAAUGAAGAAAACGGUUUCCAACGGUUUACGGAUUACAUUAUCAUGUUCACGAUCAAACCAAGUAGACUAAGAAAAUGUUUGGAGAUAUCUGAAGAGGAUUUGAGGGAGAUUUGAAUCCAUAUUGUUAAGAGUGACACGUUUAAAUUGUAGCUUUCAUCUACAACUUAAAUUUGAACCUAAAUUUGGGAAAAUAUAAAAUCGGACGAAAUCCACGAAACCUGGAGCAGGAAACAUUCGCAAGUACAGUGAAAAAAGUGAAUUUUCGGUGAUGUCCUGACAGCUUUCAGUUUCAAAAUAAGCAGCUAAACUAUUCCUGUCACCAAGUGACUUGGAACCGUCGACUUACAGCAAGCACAUGCGACUUGAAGUCGACAGUAUGUCGCAUCAUAGUGACGAUGGCCAAGUUGUAACAGGUUCAGAAUCUUUUUGGGAACCAGGCAACUACAAGAAAACAACAAAUUUUAUUUCAGUGCAAGAGCGUGCAAAUAUUGAGAAGGAGUAUGCUAAAAUGUUGAAGAACUGGUCUACAAAAUGGACCAAGCAAAUUGAAAGUGGUCCAGAGUAUGGAACAACGGAAGCAGCGUGGAAAGGUAUAUGCUCUGAAUCAGAGAGAAGAUGCGAACUACACCUCAGGGUAAAAGACAACCUGCUGAACGAAGUAGUGAAUUCUAUCAAGAAUUGGCAAAAAGACAACUAUCACAGAACUAUGAUGCAGUUGAAGGAGAAGAAGGAACUAGAAGAACAGUUUAAGAAAGCUCAGAAACCCUGGAGUAAACUGUAUGAAAAGGUUCAGAAAACCAGAACAGACUAUCAUACAGCAUGUAAGAAUGAGAAAACAGCGUUAAACCAAGAGAGAAAUGCAAACUCCGACAGCUCAUUAUCACAGGACCAGAUCCGGAAACUGCAGGAGAAGGUGUCUAAGUGCGAGGAGAGCGUGAAGAAGACGAAGGAUCAAUAUGAACUGGCGCUCCUAGAUAUUAACAAUUAUAAUUCAAGAUAUAUGGAGGAUAUGACGGAUGUAUUUGAGCGGUGUCAGCGUAAGGAAGCCCAGCGGUUGCAGACCUUUAAAGAAACCUUGUUCUCAAUUCAUAAAUGCUUAAACAUUUCAGAAGAUUCAGCGCUUCCCCAGAUCUACGAUGAAUUCUAUCACACUGUUAGUAAUGCCGAUCACGACAAGGAUCUCCGCUGGUGGUCCAACACACACGGAGUAAACAUGGCGAUGGCCUGGCCGCAGUUUGAGGAGUAUACGGAGGAGUUUAGAGAUAUUGCUCCGAAGGCGAAGAAGAUGACGAAUAUUCCCGACGGAAACAUUACUCUCAUCAACCAGAGAUCGGUCUGCGACGAUCUUCCAGAAUAUAAUGCUGUAAAGAGCAGAAAGAAGGACAUGAAUGGAGCAGCUAAACCUGGAAAUAAUAUUAAUAAUUCAUCUAAUAAUAUUAAUAGAGGAUCCAUCCAAGCUUCGGAUUCAUCCAAGAAUCCCUUUGAAGAUGAUUCAGACGAUAUGGAUUCAGAAAAACAAAAAUCCUUAACUUUCCUAACUUUACCCUUAAGAGAUGAGUUACCCAUUCAAUGGACUCCUACUCCUCCAACUGUCAAGAAAGAAGACGCCAAGGAAUCAACAAUCCUUUCUCCUGAUUCUGAACCCAAGUUGAACCAAAUGAUAAAACCGGAAACUGGAAAUAAUCAGCCUUCAGCGGAAGUUCAAAAGUUACCAUUCCCUCUCCAGUUACUAACUAAUUCUAUAUCUGGUUCGAAGCCCAUUGAAAGCUCCAGCUGUAAGCCUCCCAACAACCCGUCUGGCAACCCGUUUUCCGCUUUAUCUCGUGAGUUAAACGGUUCCAUGGAGCUCUUAUCAAUACAAUCAACAGAAUCCGACAACCAUAAUGGAGGAAAGGAACCAAAUCCAUUCGAUGAAGAAUCCGAGGAAUGGGAUGAUGGAGGGGUUCCUCUAGUGGAUAAUGGGGAACCAGGAGUACCUGUGAAGGCUCUGUAUGAUUAUGAGGCUGCAGAACCUGAUGAGCUCGCCUUUAAAGCUGGUGAUGAGUUUGAGAAGUUGGAAGAUGAGGAUGAGCAGGGUUGGUGUAAAGGAAGAAAGGAUGGUCGGGUUGGACUCUAUCCAGCGAACUACGUAGAACCUAUAGAUUAGUCACAAUCCUACCGCGUAGAAUCAUCAUCAUGACUUUUCACACGUCAGAUUUAGUUUAAACAACUCAACAGAAGAUCCUUUAUCAUUCCGCCAACUAGGAACUGUCCUAGAAAAUUAUUUUUUGAGCGGAUUUUCCUGAUUUUCCUGCAAACUAUCGUUCCUUUUACAACAGUUACGUCGUUCCAUGGCCUUAUCAAACCUAGUGGCCUCACUGCUCCUUGUUCCUUCUUUUAUGUUUCAAUAAAUUCACUACUGUCCGUCUUCCGAGUACACCCAGGCUUAGUGAGUUGUCACCAAUAUGUAAACAAGAAACAGUGAAUUCAAUUUUUCAAAACAUUCCAAUUUUAACAUUCAGAAAGCAGCAUAAGGGCUGUUACGAAUUCUUCGAUAUAAAAUACAUAUUACUGUGUAUAGUGUACAGCAUAAAGCAUAAGUGCAUACUGUGUUCUAUGCAUAGUGUAAACGUUACAUCUAUAAAUUAAUAACAAUACAGAUAGAACACAAGAUGUCGUUCUUUCAAAACAACCCUAAGGCAGAAGUCCAAAGGAGUUACGUGCAUGCCGCGUUGAAUGUCAAGAGAGAGCAUUCGCGUAACUUCUGUGGGUUUCUGCCUCCGGGUUAUUGUGAAAGAAAACCCCGAAAUCUUGAAAAGACGACAUCAAACCUCUAAAUCUUGAAAAGACGACAUCUAGUGUUCUAUCUGUAUUGUUACUAAUCUAUGGUUACACCAUACAGAAAAUACGAUAAUCUAGAAAAUUUGUGAAAAUAUAUCAUUGUGAUAAUUAUAGUAAUGUAGUUAGGGUUAAAGUACGAAUGUUCGAAUAAUCAGUGUUCAGAGUAAAAGGAUUUAAUUUCAUUAAUUAAUGAUUGGGAGCUUUUGUUAAUGAUUUUUUUAUCAUGGAAUGGGAUUAGGAAAAUUGUUGACAUUUAAUGGCUAAAAUGCUUCUUUUCUAAAAGUUACGUUCUUACUCAAAAUCCGAAUUUUAAAAAUAGCGGCUGUGUAUUACACUGUUUCUCUCCAUUUUCCAGAAUGUCCUUCCUACAAUUUUACCGUCAAUUUAUCCACCAUUCAGAUUUUUCGUUUUGCCGUUUUCAGAUUAUCCAUUCAUAGUUCACUUAAUAUUUAUUCCAAGUGCUGUUGAUUAGUUUUCAAAUCACAAAUUACAAAAUCACUUAUUUUAUUUUAUAAAUUUUAUCUAUUACUUAAGCUUUGUAAUGUUGUCCUACUGUUAAUACUUAACUUUUUAAUUCAAUGUUGUUAUAUUUGAUUUGUGAAAUUUUUCACUAGAAUAUACGUUGUACAAUU